AUGCCCGUCAACUACCACACCAGCUGCUUCACAAUAUUAGCCCUUAGUCUUUUCCUAUACUUUACCAUAGGACAUGCUAAAAUUGUUGGACACGCAACCACCCUCAAGCCUUCUCCAUGGCCUGCAAAAUUUCUCACCGAACAAAAGUGGUCCUGACCUUGAUCCUAG